GUCUGCCGAGCGAGUCAGUGUGCCUCUAGCAGCCAGCGAGGUAGGACGUACGAAUCUUCUCUGAGUGUACAAGUGAUCAUUCUUUAAAAUCAAUAAAAAUGGAGGGUUUCAAGCACAUUCCCGUGAAGCUUGGAGACUUCAGCGUCAUCGACCAGGAAUUUAACUCCAUUCGUGAAAGAUUCGAUUCAGAAAUGAAGAAAAUGGAAGAUGAGAUGACACGCUUCCGAAAUGAAUUGAUGAAUAGGGAGUCAUCUCUUUUCCAGCGCUCCUUGUUGACGUCAUCCAGGGCGGAGACAAUCAGCAACAGUUCGCGGCGGUUUGAGACUCGGGUCACUGAUAAGGACGGGAAUACUGUGACCACCAAGGACUCCGAAUCCAGCACCUCCAGCCAACAGGAUCAAGCUAGUUCCAACCAGGGCACUGGGUCUUGGCUGGAAGGGAUGAACUCCCCUCUUAUCCAGCAAGAUGGUGAUUGUAAGCAGCUCAAGCUCCGGUUUGAUGUCAGCCAGUACAAGCCAGAGGAAAUUGUUGUAAAGACUGUUGAUAAUAAACUUUUGGUCCAUGCCAAACAUGAAGAGAAAACUGAUAGUCGAUCUGUAUACCGUGAAUACAAUCGAGAGUUCCUGCUCCCCAAGGGCACAAAUCCAGAACUCAUCAAAUCUUCCCUUUCAAAAGAUGGAGUGUUGACUGUGGAAUCACCCCUCCCAUCCAUUGUUGGAAGUGAUGAAAAAGUCAUUCCCAUUGCACAAAACUAAAAGUACAUACAAAUUUCUUGAUGCCUUAGACAAAGAUUGAAUCCACAGCAGUAUCUUGGCUUGGUGGACAAGAUAUUCAGUCAUGUGUAUCAGUAAGGAUUAUUUGUUGAAUACCAAAUUGUUUUUCUUUCAGUUUCCUGGUGAUACGUGAGCUAUCAUACAUUUGGAUAGUGCAUAGAGGUACAAGCUGUUGACAGCUCUUUUCUUUGAGAGUAUACUGUAGUCUGUAAUGCUUUUAUUACUUUUUUUUUAAAUUUAGUUGUAGUGACUGCCAUUAAUGUUAGACAAUAAGGUUAGUUUUAUUUCAACCUUUAAGAGAGAUUGUAAUGGAUUUUUAAAAUUUAAAAUGAAAAUAAAUUGAAAGGCAGAUUCUUUAUCUCAUCACCUUUGAUAUGCACUAAAGUAUCAGAUAAUAACAGUAACUUUAAUAUGGAUUCUUGUAAAUCACAGUUGCAGAAAGUUACUGUUGUAGAAUCACAGCUGAUAUAAGAGUCAUAAAUAUACAGUAUUGUACAGUAUGUUGUUCUGGAUAGCUAAUCCUUGGCUGCGUAGUAGGAGAACACAUUUGAAGAAUUAUUAAUCACUUAAGGCACAAAUAAAAUUAAUUUUAUACUACCAUAUUAUUAAUUUUGAAAUUAAAUUAUGAUUUGAGGCAUUGAUUUCUUUUAUUAUUAAGAAGACUUACAAUGUAUAACUUACAGAAAUAAAGAUAUAGUAUCUG